AUGGCCACCUUUGACAGAGUUGCUCAGAAUGCUAAAGAGUUGACUGUCAGUCGUGGAGAAUACCUUGAGGUGCUAGACGAUGCUAAGAACUGGUGGGAAUGCCGCAAUGUGCACCAACGAGUCGGCUAUGUACCUCACACAAUCCUUUCGGUGGUUCCUUUGGAUCAGGCAGACCCUCGAGAUACUUAUAUCAAUAGUUUCUUACUGUCACUAGAUCUUAUACACGAAAACUGCGGAAGCUUGAACAAUGGGUGCGUUUUUUCCCUGCUAGAUGGAGAUUGUCCUGCUUAUUGA